GCCCCUUGUUGCGCUUGUCAGUUCCGUCAGUUCUCGUCAGUAAAAAAUUGUCAGUGUAAAAUUCCUAAAAUUGCGUUGAUUGAUUUUUGGAAAAUAAAAUAACACAUGCACUGAUUGAAUACGAUUAUUUUAAAAGCAGUUGAAUUAAUUAUUCAAUUAUCUUCAUAAAAACAGUAACUAAACAAGAAAUAUGGAUUUGGAAUUGAAAAAGGCCUUCUCCGAAAUGCAGAUGAACAAAAUUGAAUCAACCAAAAAAAUACGCAUGCUGGACAUUAAGACGGACAGCCUGAAGGUGUCUAAACAGCGAGUAGAACUUACCAACAAGGAAAUCUCCCAGCUGAAUCCCGAUACCAACGUGUACGCUUCAGUUGGUCGAAUGUUUGUGCUUUCCGAUGUUCCUUCGUUGACGGAAGAAAUGAAGACUAAGCAGAGCAACUUCGAGGAAAUUAUCAGCCAAUGCGAGAAGAAUAAAGAAUUUUUAUUAAAAAACCUCAAGGAACAGGAAGAUAGCCUCCGGGAGUUAGUGCAACAGAAGAGGACGGAAUCCACUGCGAAGGAAAACGGAACCGAUGCGAAGAAAGAAUAGUUUUAGUUUUUUUAAUAUAAUUACACGUUAUUGGAUGCAUUUCGGAUGAAUGAGAACAAGUAAUAGAUCAUAAGGAAAGCUUAAUUCAUUAUAACGUUUUGGCCGAUUAAUAAAACUACGCUUUUUCUGCUAACAAA